UAGCCAACCCAGACAGUUUGCUCAUUUAAUGCAACGGUCAACAUUUUUUCCCCUGCCAAAAAAAAAAGAAAAAGAAAAAAAAAGUUUAAAAGGGGAGAAAGAAAAGAUGAUCAUGUCAGGCAGGAGGGGUUAACUGAAAUGCAUUCAGGAAAUUUCUCACAUCCUGCAUCCCAGUCCCCUGUAACUGUAUAUUAUGGUGCUGUUCUGCCCAGCCAGCUGAUGAAAGCUGUUUCUCAGUCAGGAUAAGAUGUCAGAGAGGCUGAAGGCAGAACAACGGUUUUCUCUCCCAUUCCAGACAUUUAUACGGCUGAUGUGUGUUAGCUGUGUAGUUAUUUCUUCCAGAGCACAAGGAGAGAAUGUGGAUUGCAAAUUGGGAUUGUCUAGGAAACCAACAGAAAGAGAACAUUGUGGACGUUAUGAAAUAAUAGUCCCUUAUCUUUUGAGUGGAGACCAGUGGAAACCGAUGGGUACCAUGUUUCCAAAGGUUCAUCCAGCAACACUGAAACUCCUGCUAAGAUCUAAAGAGGGGGAACUGCUGUUGAUUCUGGAAAGAAAUGAGGGACUCUUCGCCGGCGACUUCACUACAACUCACUACAUGGAAGACGGAACUGCUGUGACUACUGCACAUAAUCACACGGAUCGCUGCUACUACCAUGGAAAGGUAGAGGGACAUCCCAAGUCAGCAGUCAGCUUAAGCUUCUGCUCUGGUCUCAGGGGAUUAAUUACACUUGAAAGCCGAGCAUAUGUCCUGGAGCCACAGGCUGAUUCUACAAGCAGCCACCUCUUUUACAGAGCAGAACAUCUAAAACUGGCUGCGGGAUCCUGUCGCCAACAUUCUAACCUCUCAGGCGUUUCACUGAAUGACACUUUACAAUUCUCUGAAGAUUAUUUACAAAGGCACAAAAGAGACACUUUGAAGAUGACCAAGUAUGUGGAGCUUGUUAUUGUGGCUGAUAAUCGUGAGUUUCAGAGACAAGGAAAAGAUGUGGACAAGGUUAAACACAGACUGCUAGAAAUGGCAAAUUAUGUGGAUAAGUUCUUCAGGCCACUGAACAUCCGAGUAGCACUGGUUGGAGUGGAAAUUUGGAGCGAUGCUGAUAAAUGCGCAAUAACACAAGACCCUUUCAACAGUCUUCACGAGUUCCUGGAUUGGAGGAAGCUGACAUUACUACCUCAGAAGGCUCAUGACAACGCUCAGCUAGUAAGCGGGGUGUAUUUCCAAGGCACAACCAUUGGCAUGGCGCCAAUCAUGAGCAUGUGUACGGCAGAUAAGUCCGGAGGCGUGGUGUUGGAUCAUUCAGACAACUCACUAGGAGCAGCUGUAACACUUGCCCAUGAGAUUGGCCACAACUUUGGGAUGAACCACGAUACACUGGAAAGGGGCUGCAACUGCAAAGGAUAUGACAAGGGAGGCUGCAUUAUGACUCCAUCCACCGCAUACCCGUUCCCCACAGUGUUCAGCAGCUGCAGUAAAAAGGACUUGGACACCAGCCUGGAGAAGGGAGUAGGCAUGUGUCUCUAUAACAUGCCUGAAGUUACAGAAUCAUUUGGAGAGCAUAAGUGUGGAAAUGGAUACGUAGAAGAAGGAGAACAGUGUGAUUGCGGAGAACCAGAAGAAUGUAUGAAUCCGUGCUGCAAUGCCAGCACGUGUCUGCUCAUCCCAGGGGCUGUGUGUGGAUACGGACUCUGCUGUGAAGACUGCAAGCUUAAGCCAGGUGGAACGCCAUGCAGGGACGCAAGUAACUUUUGUGAUCUGCCAGAGUUCUGCACGGGGACCAGCGCACACUGCCCGGCCAAUGUCUACUUGCACGAUGGUCAGCCAUGCCACAAGAUAGAUGGGUAUUGCUACAGUGGCAUGUGCCAGACACACGAGCAGCAGUGCAUUACACUGUGGGGACAAGGUGCGAAACCCGCCCCAGGUAUUUGCUUUGAGAGAGUAAACUCUGCGGGAGAUCCCUAUGGAAACUGCGGGAAGGACUCCGCUGGCUCCUUUAUGAAGUGUGAGAGCAGAGACGCCAAGUGUGGGAAAAUUCAGUGCCAAGGUGGCGCAAGCCGGCCUGUGAUUGGCACCAAUGCUGUCUCCAUAGAAACCAACAUACCCCUGCAAGAAGGAGGCAAAAUCCUGUGUCGCGGCACCCAUGUGUAUCUGGGCGAUGAUAUGCCAGACCCAGGGCUCGUUCUAGCUGGCACAAAAUGUGGACAUGGAAAAAUCUGCCUGGACCGCCAGUGUCAGAAUAUCAGCACGUUCGGCAUGCAGGACUGCGCAGCUAAAUGCCACGGACACGGUGUCUGCAACAAUAAAAAGAAUUGUCACUGUGAAGCUGACUGGGCGCCUCCGUAUUGUGACAAAAAAGGUUUCGGUGGUAGUGUGGACAGUGGGCCUAUGAGAGCCUCAGGUAACAGAAGCUUAAUUGCAGGAGUGUUGGUCACUGUUACAUGUAUAGCAGCUGUUGCCGUCACCAUGUACUUCAAGAGAAGGACUCUAAUUCGAUGGCUUUUCACAAACAAGAAGAGCACUAUUGAAAAAUUAAGGUCAGCCAGUCCAUCAAGAGCUAGGAGCUCCAAUGAAGCUAAUCAGGAAUACAGCAGAGCAUUGUGCAAACAGUUGCUGAGCGAUGCGUCGCAGGGACAGGAGGUUGGGAGGACGAACAGAUUGCCGCGUUACCAGCCUGUAGACAUCAGUCAUCCAAUACUUGAAUCGCCGGAGUGCAGUUUACUCGGCCCACCGCGACCUCCCCCGCGGCCCUUCCAACAAACUGUGCCUGGCCGGCCUCUUCCAGCGAGGCCGCCCCUCUGCGGUGUGAAGGGAUCGCACAUUCCCAGCCCUCCGCAGAAACCACUUCCGGCAGAUCCUUUGAAUAAAAGUUGCCGCUUGGAUGAUACCUCUAGCUCGGUGUAUGAACAUCAAGGAGCGGUGCCUCGGAUUACACCUGUGAGACCCGCGCCAAAACUUCCACCGCAUCGACCCAUCUUCAAACCCGCCCACUGCAGCUGAGGAGAAAGGCGGAGGCCUCGCGGGAAAUUUGCACUACACUCCGGCACAAGUUGGGAGUCUGUUUACUUUCGUCAAUUGUAGUACUCUAUUAAUUUCCGAAAACUGUAAUAGACCUAAUGAGAGGACUGAGCUGUGGCCUUUGGUGCUAUAUGCGUGCAUUCGCUCAGGUACUUGUAAAUUACUAAUUUAUGUGGAACAUUUAGAACAGUGCAGUGCAUUGGGCUAAGUAUAUUUAACCAUAGAUGGUUUUCCAGAGGGGAAAUAUUUUUAUAAUGUGUAGUACACUUGAAACCUAUUACCAUUUUAUAGCAUUUUGGUGGUAAUUCCGAGUUGAUCGCAGCAUCAAAUUUGUUAGCA